AUGAAGCAAUUGGAUGUCGGGUACAAUUCGUUGAGAUUAUCAGAAGGCGAGAAAAAAAUAAAAAUAAUCGUUACGUUAUUGAGGAUAAUAGUUUUUUUAGCCACAUUGUCAGCUACAAUAGUGAUGGCUUUAAACAAAGAAACUAAAACUUUGGUGGUUGCUACCAUUGGUACUACCUCUGUUAAGGCUACUAUUGCUGCCAAGUUUCAACACACUCCUGCUAACAUAUUCUUUGUUGUGGGAAACGGGUUAGCGGCGUUACAUAGCUUGUUGGCUUUGCAUGCUGAAUUUUUUGGGAGGAAGUUGGAUCCAAAAGGAGUUCGCUUUAUGGUCAUCUCUAUUCUAGACAUACUCCUUAUACAUAGGUCUAAAAGAUAG